CACUUCUAUUUCAAAAUUUCUUGUUUUUGAGGAAAUUCCAGAUGUAAAGUUGCUUAUCUCUGUAUUUUAGCUAUCACUAUCAGGCACUGUUGGUAAAUAAUGGGUUUGCUCACAUAUGGAUUCUAGGGUGGCACUGAAAGGGAGCAAGGUCUGCUUCAAAUACUAACUGAGAUGGAUGAGUUCAAAGUUUCAACAUCACAGCUCGAAAUUGAUGGAGCAGACCCGGAUGUGCGUCGGAGCUAUCCGGAUGUUGAGCGGGGGUCCCUGGAAGGCGGAAAGCGCUGUUAUGACUAUGAUGAAGCUGUCCAUUUCCUAUGGACAACAUUAGAGUGGCUUGGCCAUUUGGACAGGCCAUGUUUUUGUAUUUGCUCAAAAUUGAUGGAUCAGACCCAGAUGUGUGUCGGAGCUAUCCGGAUGUUGAGUAGGAGUCCCUGGAAGGUGAGAACCGCUGUUAUGACCAUGAUGAAGCUGUCUAUUUCCUAUGGACAGCAUUAGAGUGGCCUAGCAAUUUGGACAGGUCUUGUUUAUGUAAUAGCUUGAAAUUGUUAGAGCAGACCCUAGUAUAACCCUCAACUUAAACCUACACCUAAAACUAAACAUCAUGGUGGGGACAGUGCCCCCGACCAUUGAUUCCUUCCUAGGACCCACCAUG